AUGGACAUCCUGACUUCUGUGGUCCCCGUAGCACCAUCAGUGCUGGUUGCGUUUCUCGCAGGGUUCAUUUUCCUGUAUCGGGCCUGGCCAUAUUUGUUGAUUCGGGACAAGCGGCCAUUAUACGCCGGCAAUGGUUUGAAACCCAAUGAUGCAUCCGCAGCCGCAGUCGCAGCCGCAGCCAUCACGGAGAACCAGGAGGAGGCCAACGUCGUCUCCAAAGAGCCGGAAUUUCCUGCCGAUUGGUUGGUAGGGAAAGAAACCUACGAGCUCGAAAGACGCGCAAUAUUCAGCAAAACAUGGAUAUGCCUGGCUCAUCGCAGCCGAUUCGCCAAACCAGGAGACUACCAGUCCUUCCAGGUAGCCGGGUUCCCCAUCUUCUUGGUACAAGGGAAAGACGGACAAGUCCGGGCAUUUCACAAUGUCUGUCGCCAUCGCGCAUACACGGUCAUCGAGAAGGAGUGCGGGUCAUCGCCGGUCCUUUUAUGUCGAUAUCAUGGGUGGAGUUACAAUACGUUCGGGAACCUCAUCAAGGCGCCUCACUUUGACCACGUGCCUGGGUUUCAGAGAUCGCAGAAUAGUCUCUUCGAGAUACAUACCGUUACGAGCGACGAUGGAUUCUUGUUUCUGAAGUUCGAUGCUAGUCAGACGGUGUCUCCGCCAGAGACUGAUGCUUUGGAUGCGUUUGUGCAGAGUAAUGGCCUUCAGACACGGGCUGGUUGGGUGACAGGACAGACGAUUGAGGGCGCUUUCAAUUGGAAAAUGGGCAAUGUCAUCGUGCGUUUGUUGACCGAGAAGGCUCGAGAGUUAGAGGCGCAAUAUCAGUCUCACAUCUCUGAAAAAGGUGACCCUGCCUCCACGGAUCCCCGUUUGAACCCAGAGAUCCAAGAACGUAUCCUCAACCUCCUGAAAUUACACAGUAGGCUGGAGAAAUCUCAAAACGCCGAAAUAUACCCGGCUAUUCGAAAACCCAGAGAGAACUUGAAGUUCCAACAGGCAGAGCAGCUGUGCAAAGAACUCGACUGUCAGAGCGAUUUGAGCCGGAAAGAUCUGUCCUGGUAA